UCUAUUAUAUCAAUCACAAAUAUGAAGUCAUUCGAAGAAAAAUUGAAAAAUUUUGCUAAAGAAUUGUUCGAAGCAAAUGCAAUAAAAUUUGGAGAAUAUAAAACAAAAAUAGGAGUGAUGACUCCCGUUUAUUGUGAUCUACGAGUUAUUGUGAGCUAUCCAAAAUUAAUGGACACAUUAGCUGACCUUCUCAUUAUAAUUGAUUAUUUCGGUCUUAUGAACAACAAAGCUAAUAUUAAUAUUACGGUCUAUGAAGUUUUAUCAAUUAAUAAAUUCGACCGACUAGGUCUUUCAUUUCUGGAUCGGGCAAAAUAUGCCAAAAAUCCAGUUUCACAAAAACUGUUUGAAAUUAUAUCUUCCAAGCAGACUACAUUGUGUGUAGCUGCAGACCUAACAAAUUCUACUGAUAUUUUGAAUCUUGCCGAAAGAGUUGGUCCCCACAUUUGUGCCUUGAAAACCCACAUCGACAUUGUUGAAGAUUUCCAUCCGAAUAUGUUAGGACCCCUGCAAGAGAUAGCAAACAGGCACAAUUUUAUACUCUUCGAAGAUAGGAAGUUCUGUGAUAUUGGAAAAACUGUGGAAUAUCAGUAUAGUAAAGGAGGUGGUUGCAUUUCGUCUUGGGCUAACCUGGUAACAGCCCAUUCUUUGUUGGGUAAAGGCGUUUUGGAUGCAAUAAAGGGUAGCGAAGGUUUGCAGAAGAGAGGGGUAUUUCUGUUAGCAGAAACUAGUGCUGCUGGAAGUUUAAUAACGGAAAGUUAUGUGAAAGGUACUUUGGAGAUGGCCGAGGAAUAUUCGGAUCUGGUUGCAGGUGAAUAUUUAAAAUUACACUACAGUAAAGUAUUCAAAGGGAUAACUUUGGCAAAAGAUCCAGAGGUCGCAGCUGCUGCUUAUAAAAAGUUACUGUGGGAUGCCUAUCUUCAAAGAAUAAAGGAAUAAAUUCAAAUCAGUAUGCAAACAGAAGUUUGUCUUUGUCUGUGAUUGGUAAAUGUAAAAAACUCAAGUCAUUGUGGCCUUUUUAAUAAUAGGUCCAACUGGAUCCAAAGGAUCAUAAAGCUUAGCUAUGGUGGCUAAAUUAGAUCUUUUUGUGCUGUUGCAUUUGAUAUAAUAAACUGGAAGGUGUCCUGUUGGGAGUUACAAUACAAACCCACAUUUUUAUCAUAGCAUCUGGAUCAGUUGUUAUCAUGAAAUGAUUUUAUAUUUUAUUUCAUUACCACCAUUGCCUUAGCUGAAAUUGUUAUUUGAUAAGUAUAUUGAUCACUCGCUUAGUUUUCUCAAUUGCUUCUAAUUCACUUCCAAAACCUGUGAUCAUAUCAUCAACAUAAAAGUCCGAUAUCUCCAACCUAACCUAUCUGAUAUUGACAAAGCACUGAGUGCAAUAAUCAUUGAUCUGAUUCUUAAAUGAAAUGUGGCACUGAUUUUACCAAUGGAAAACGUUAUCACUUGCUCCAGUGCCAAACUAUUGCUUUCACUCUCAGCCUGUAGCAUGUGCAUUAAUUCGUAUUUCCCAAUAUAGCACAAUAUUUACAAUGAAUUUCAAUAUUUAUCUAAAACUCUUUGUUGAGGAUUUUUAUGUCAAGUUUGAAAAUGUCCUCACAGGACGGAACUGCAGUAACGU